AUGUCAACUUGGUCGGCUAAACUAUCUGCGGUACAACAACGCCUGGAUGCAUUUGAUCCUGACGCGCACAUAGAGGAAGACGACGGUGGCGCCCAUAUCAUUUUGCAAAUUCUGCAAGACACUUGCGCUAUCGUUCGUGAUGCAGACACGAACACUGCCGACGAUUUGAAGGACAUAGUGGAGAAGGCUCGUUACAUCAUCGAGCGAGGGAUCGCAGUAUCGUACGGUGAAGCCGAUCUCUACGAGUUCAUGCCAUCUUUUGCGCAUGACGAUGAUGCUGCCCCAGUAGUCUCCGAUACGCUGGGAAAUAUUAAUCAGGGGAUAAUGGACGCCAUGACGCCCUUUUUCCGAGAUUUUCUUCCUAGAAUCACCGGGAAUUACACCAAAAUUCCCCCGCUUCCAGGACCAGGCCGAUGGGAUUGCUCCAUACAACCUCACGCCAGCACGACCCGUCUGUCCCGUUUUCGCUCCGGCAUCUCCAUCUCUACCACAGAAGCGACCCCCCUGGCUAACAUCAUAUACCAGGCCCGCUGCGAGAUAUACGACGAAGGAACAUGUCUACCAAACGACAUGGCUCUUUCUCCCAAUUCUCUUUGCUUGGCCAUCUCCGCCGCAGGAGGAUGGAAGAACCGCGAUCCGGUCGUGCACUACUUAUUAGAUCAAGCAGAAGGUGAAAGCAUGCUUCCCGCGAAGAGCUUUAAGCCUGGCCUCUCAGAAGUCGCGUACACAAUGGCUCUAGACGAAGACAGAAAGCUGAUUUUCGUGGCUGAUAGCCAGCGGGUCAAGUCCUUCCAGUGGGAGUCUGUGGGACGAACGGAACUUGAUGAUUCAAAGCUCAAAGGCAUGAGUACACUGAACUCUGUCGGUUGCAGAGGCCCUGUCGCUGUUCUGCCCAACGGCCGCCUGGUACGAGCGGGCAAGGGACGUGCACUGGUAUGGGAGAUCGACAAGUUAGAGACACACGGUGCGGAUGGCAAUAAGCGCAUUGGUGACGGUACUCUCGAUGCAGAGGGCAGUUGGCGCGACAACGAUGACGGGGACGAGAUAGAGCUGUCUAUGGGAAGCAAGCCUCACACCACUGUGGAAUUCGCCGAUCAAAGCCUGUCUCCCGGCACUUGGCACCUUCACAAGCCGAGCGGACACAUGCUCUGCGGUGAGAAUGGUUUGCGGGACAACAGCUAUUCCUGUGUCUUGCUCGAUCUUGAGCAUGGCGGCAAGACGGUUACGCGCUACCUGGGCCACGGUGGGGACGUAGAAUGCUUUUCCACGAGCGAUGGCGAUCCCAAUACAUUCGUCACUGCGGGCAGCGACGGGUACGCCAGACUGUUCGACAUUCGGCAUCCGCUUCCGGUUGUCACGUACGAUCCACCGGGUUCGCGAGAGGAAUUCUGCCCUAGCAUCGUCUUUGUCCACCCCGAUGGGAUCCCUACAAUCUUCACCGGAGGACAAAACUCGCAAGCAAUCAAGAUGUGGGACGUGCGUGCUCGUGCUGUGGUGUACGACCUCUCGACGGGGAAUAACGCAGUGGUCUCCAUGGCCUGGGACUCCAAGCGCUCCAGCCUCUGGGCCGCCACCGAGUGCGGAUAUAUGGACCGCCUCGGCUAUACACACGAUUACCGCCACGCCAACGUGCCGGCGUGGGCGGAAUGGGACGCCCAGCCGACUGAGGAGGACAUCCGCAUGGAAGAGGCCGCUGCAGCUGAAGCGCACGACGAGGAUGACGAAGGGGAAACGGACGACGAAUAUACCAUGCGGGAUGAUGACGACGACGAGACCGCUUUCAACAAGCUCUUGGCGAAGCUACACCGAUCCGAGGAUGACGAUGACGACGAGGACCGCUGCUGGCCGAAGAAAGCAUACCAUAGGGAGAACUAUUAUGGAUACUGCUUCGAUGCAGGUGAUCAUAGGCUAUUCCAGUACAAGUUCAAAGCGGACUCCGACCCGAAGCAACUUCCUGUAUACGGAGACGCUACCAUUCGCCAAUCUUUCUACUGA